UUCACAUCGCUCUGCGCGCGAGUGGCUUCUUAUCUCCAAGUUGGCAGUCGCGCCCAGGGCACGUGUCGUCGGCGGCCUUCCUCGCCGAGCUUGUCGUCCGGACCUCCAGCCGCAAUGACCGCAACGGGCAAGUCGCUGCUGGGCCUCUGGCUGUACAAGAAGGGCACUGGAGACACCUGGACCGUCCGGGAGGCAGCCGACAGGAGCACGAAGCCGAUGGAUGGCUUCAGAUCUUCCACCAACUCGGUAGUGUUCUCACUAAAGAACGGCAUGGGCGGUCUCAGUCAGGCGCUGGCAGUCGUUCAGGAGCGGGGAAUCAACGUCGUGUACAUUGAAAGUCGCAAGUCGCAGCGCAGGAACUCCGAGUACGAGAUUUACAUGGACGUCGAGUGUGACAACAAGGAAAUGCAAUCUCUGGCAUCAGAUCUCACCAACGUGCUGGAGGCAAGGCAGCUCAAGGCGUUCGACUCCGGAGGUGACUUCCCGAAGAGAAGCAUGAGCAUCCAGAGCAGCUUCGACUUCGAAGACGUGCCGUGGUUUCCGCGCAAGAUCUCCGACCUGGACAAGUCGCAGCGCGUGCUGAUGUACGGCUCCGACCUGGACGCGGACCACCCGGGCUUUAAGGACAAGGUGUAUCGUCAACGGAGACAGCACUUCUCCGAGAUCGCCAUGAACCACCGCCACGACAAGCCCAUCCCCCGCGUGGAGUACACCGAGGAGGAGACGAGGACAUGGGGUGUGAUAUUCCGCGAGCUGAGCGAGCUGUACGAGACGCACGCCUGCCAGGAGUACCUGGAGAACUGGCGCCAGCUGCGCCGCUACUGCGGCUACCGGCACAACCACAUCCCCCAGCUGGCUGACGUGGACGCCUACCUGCGCCAGAGGACGGGCUUCCAGCUGCGGCCGGUAGCCGGCUACCUGUCACCACGGGACUUCCUGGCCGGGCUGGCCUUCCGGGUGUUCCACUGCACCCAGUACAUCCGCCACAGCUCCGACCCGCUCUACACACCCGAACCGGACUGCUGUCACGAGCUGCUGGGUCACAUGCCGCUACUGGCCAACGCCAGCUUCGCGCAGUUCUCGCAGGAGCUCGGACUGGCUUCGCUGGGCGCCUCCAACGAGGAGAUCUCCAAGCUGGCCACGUGCUACUUCUUCACGGUGGAGUUUGGCCUGUGUCGGGAGAACGGUCGGCUGAGAGUGUACGGCGCCGGUCUGCUCUCCUCAAUCGCAGAGCUGAGACACUCGCUGACACCGGCCGCCAAGGUCCGCAGAUUUGAUCCUGACGUGACGUGCACAGAAGAGUGCAUCAUCACGGCCUUCCAGAACGUUUACUUCUAUACGGACACGUUUGAGGAGGCCAAGGAGAAAAUGAGGGCGUUCGCUGCUACAAUUCAUCGGCCGUUCGGCGUUCGCUACAACCCGUACACGCAUUCCGUGGACGUUUUGUCCAGCACUCAGAAGGUGGCGGCGCUGGUGUCCGAGCUCCGCGGCGACCUCUGCAUCGUCACCAACGCCCUCAAAAAGAUCCAGGAAAAUGACGAAGAUGCUGACAUCGAGGGCAUCACGAGUCUGCUGUCAGCAGCGUUGCCGGCAGAUACGGCCCGAACACCAACACCGCCCUCUGCCGCCACUCCAGACCUCUCGCCCAAUCAGUCGCCGCCAGAGAAGACAGACUAGGCGCUUGUUGGCCCGCCCUUCGCCGCCACUCCCGACUUCUCGCCCAACCAGUCACCGCCAGAGAAGACAGCCUAAGCGCUUGUUGGCCCGUCGCACGCCUACGUCAGCCUGCGCCUAAGCAGAAGCAGACGCAGGCUGAAUAGGCGCGACGGGACAGAAUGCAGUGCUGUCACAUUCGCUGUUAAUGUGAUAGAUGGGAUGACUUUUGUUGAUCCUUAUCUCAGAGUCAUCCCGUCAAAUGACACCACUGCACAUGGUCUGAUCAGUCCCUGGUCACCAGCGCUGCAUGAUACCAAC